AAUUGUGAAAAUAACAAUGUUGAAACAUAAGUUACAAGGGGAGAAAAUCAUUUCUAAAAACUUAAUACAUAUUAUGUAUUUGAAUAAUGCAAGAACAACAGUGGUUUUUGCAGAAUGAUAUAGUACCAUCAUUAAUUUCGUUGGCUUCCCAUCAGCUGCUCACAGCCUAAAUAAACUUUGAGGUUUAUGUACAGAACAGUUUCAACGUCCUUGCAAAUUUCUCAUGAUGUAAGUUGACAGAAGGUGCCGCAAUUAGUGAACAGUGCUCAGAAAGUGGCUGUACAAAUUUCUUUUGAACACAAAUUUUGCUUGUGCAAAUGAAUUCCGGCUGCCUUCGCUGUAUAUAAAAGUCGCACUUGCAGGCUAUGCGAGAGUUUGGGUUAUAUACCAAAACUGGCAUAUGUCAGUAACCAUUCCAAUGAGAAAAUGGGACCUGUUUUCACAAUAUAUUGCGUGGAGGGGGAGGUCAUAUACACUGUAUGAUUCAUUUUUAUUAUGUUUAUAUAUCCUGUAAAUGCUAAACUGAUGGGUUAUUUCAAGUUCAUAUGACUGUGGUAUCUAUUCUUUACUUUAAUUGCCUUUAAUAGCAACUCGAUGUACAGAUAUAAGCAAAAUACGUCUACUACUAUAUUAUGUAUAAUCACAAUUUACACCUAUCUUCGUAUUGUGUGACUUUAACCUUGUGUAUGGGUGCUCCUAUGUCUUCCUUCCAUGCUUCACAGGCAUCGUUCAUUUCACUUCAGCAUUAAAUCUUUCUCUCUGCUAUUCGAAAUUCUCGCAGAUGAUAUACAUAUUUUUGUGUCUAUAUACUACUUACAAAUCUUGUCAGUAGACCAGUGCCACAGUUUUAGUUUUGUAUUUUACUCACUUACUUAUUUGUUUAUUUUUGAAUAAAGGUUGGUCAACUCACUCCAAUCUAUUCUUCCAAUCCCUCUCGUCUGUCACCAUAUAAUCCUUCAGAUGAACACAGACGAGACUGUCAACAAUAUCAAUUUCAAUGCCCAGGAUCUGGGAAAAAGUCGAGUGCGUACACAAAACGAUUAUCUCGACAGUUUCGUCAUGAAAACAUGAUAUUAAAUCGUUCAUACACGGUGGCACCAGAACAUCGAAGUAAUUCACUAGCAGCCUGUGAAAUGAGAAAGACUUCAUCACAGGUGGAUUAUGAUCUAAAGGAUGCAUCUAAUAACGCAAUACGUUACUCUCUUUCAUUACGUAACCGUAAAGUGGUUGGUCAACUCACUUCAAUCUAUUCUUCCAAUCCCUCUCGUCUGUCACCGUAUAAUCCUUCAGAUGAACACAGACGAGACUGUCAACAAUAUCAAUUUCAAUGCCCAGGAUCUGGGAAAAAGUCGAGUGCGUACACAAAACGAUUAUCUCGACAGUUUCGUCAUGAAAACAUGAUAUUAAAUCGUUCAUACACGGAAUUACUUGAAGCCGGCGAUGCUAAAGGAGCGUUGUUAAAGAUUUGUGAACAAACUGAUUACAAAACAUUUAGUCAGCUUUUUGCACCUGCUCGACGAAGAAGUUUGAAAAAAAUCGGUGAAGGAUGCUUUGGUGAAGUAUUCCAAUGUUCGACUGGGAAUCGCCGAUCUGAGCAUGUCGUCAUUAAGUUUAUCCCAAUAGAGGGAAAUGUUAAAUUUAAUGGUGAAACCCAGAAGACUUUCGAUGAAGUACUUUCUGAAGUUGUUGUAUCUAAAGAACUAACAGCUCUUGGUAUGGGCUUUACAAAUUGUACUUCUGGUUUUGUAGAGUUGAUAAGAGUUCACCUAGUCCAAGGGCCAUUCCCGUUAUAUUUAAGAAAAUCAUGGGAGGAAUAUGAUAGAUUGAAAGGUUCUGAAAAUGAUCAUCCAAAUGAUCGUUUAGUCUAUGUUGACUUAAGUGGUGACCCUACUUUAUUUCAAUCACAGGGAGAUUAUCAGUUUGAUAUAUAUCGUCGUAUGAAAUCACAUAAUCAAAAUGAUUGGAGUAAGUUUUCGCCGAAAACCAAUGUCAUGUGGCUUCACUACUUGACAACAAAACUAUGCUGUGAUUUGCACGAAUUAGCCUCAUCUCCUGCAUCCGCCUGUAAACGUCAUGCUAUUUGUUGUAAACACCUGAAAGACUUAGAGUUGAGUACACGGAAAUUCAGAUACAAAUCCUCAUUCGACCUUGUGACAACACAUAAAUUGUUUAAAAAUUGUCGGGAAUUUUUUAGUGAUAAGUAACCACUGCAAACGUGGCUGUGAUUGUGUGCAUGUCUGUGUUACCCUUUCACUUUGUGAAUUGUGCUGCUGUUUUAUUUCUUCCUUCAGUCUUUCAUUCGUCCUGUUUUUGUUUUCAAUGCCCUCAGAUUUUAUUCUUUGUAUUUUAGUAAUAUAAUCUUUUUUCUAUUGUUUUAAUUUUAUUGAUUAAGAUAGAAAAUAGAUAUUGUAUUUCCGAGAGAAAGUGUUUGUUAGUUGACAAAGUUAUUCAGUUGAAAUACAUGCAUUUGUUGUGGAUUGUAGCUUGUGUUAUAUAUAUUGAAUGCAUGCAAACUGUGUGUUGGGAAGGCUAGUGGCGCGCAACUACAACAGCGUGAUUGAUUGACUGGAAGUGAUAUUAGAUAGCUUGAGGCAUUGAAAAAAACCCAGAGUUACCGGAGUGUUUGUUUUAUUCCUAUCAGUUUUCAACUCUUCGGCAAUACACGCAUCCGUUUCCCCAAUCGGCAAUUUGGAAUCAGGGUUUGUUGGUUAUGUGGUGAAGUGGGUUGACCAUUUAGCCACUGGAAUAAGAACUGUUAGCUUGUUGUCUUAUAACCUGAAAAGUUAUUGAUAUGAUCCUCGAUGAGGUGCAGUUCUCCCAC